AUGGCCAGCGGUCGGCCUCCUGGAAGUCAUCCAUCCGCUGGCCGGAAUGGCGGCGACUUAUUACAGCUAGAUGAGAGCAGCAACGCGUCCGUUUACAAUACCGGCCAGCAUCCGCCGGUAGACGAUGACCGACUUUUAGAGCAAUAUGAUAUCGAUGAUUCUGACCAGCCGCGACCGUCAGUUUCUUACGAUGACUUUGUUGGAGGCAGACAUCCAGCAGGUGCUGGAGCGCAUCCAAACGCAGGAUUGCAUGUUGAACGUCCGGCUGGAAGCGACCCAUAUCUCGGCGCACCCGCACAUCGCACAUAUUCUCAGACAUCCGGUCUGAGUAAUUUCCAGAGAUACUCGGAUAUUGACGAUUACGAAGAUGAGCACAUGCACGACUACUACAAUGAUGUGGAUGAGAAUAUAUCAAGUGGUCGGGUACGGCAACAACAUGAACGGAAUAGCAUUUUGAGCUUGGGUGGUGGGUUGAUGGGUAAAGCGAAGAACAUGCUCGGCAUGGGUAAUGAGUAUUCAGAGAUGGAUCUCCCUCUGACGGAAGCUGGAGCACGGGGCUCAAGAAUUCAAGACGACAACAGCGUCAAAAAGGCAAAGAGACGAAGUUCGGGCUUUCGAUUUGGCAGAAGAAAAGUUGAUCCCUCGACUCUCGGACCAAGGACCAUCAUGCUCAACAACGCGCCAGCUAAUUCCUCGCAAAAAUACGUCGACAAUCAUAUCUCGACAGCCAAAUACAACAUCAUCACCUUUAUACCCAAGUUUCUUUACGAGCAAUUCUCCAAAUACGCCAACUUGUUUUUCUUGUUUACCGCUUGUCUGCAACAGAUCCCGAAUGUUACGCCCACGAAUCGAUAUACCACGAUCGUGCCGUUAUGUCUUGUGCUGUUGGUAUCGGCUAUUAAAGAAUUGGUUGAAGAUUAUAAGCGAAGAGCUUCCGACACCCUGUUGAACACAUCCAAAGCUCUAGUCCUCAAGGGCUCUCAGUUUCAAGAAACCAAAUGGCUGGAUGUCGCUGUAGGUGAUAUCGUUCGCGUGGAAUCUGAACAGCCGUUCCCCGCAGAUCUCGUACUCCUGGCAAGUUCCGAGCCCGAGGGUCUUUGUUAUAUUGAAACCGCCAAUCUCGAUGGUGAGACCAACCUCAAAGUCAAACAAGCCAUUCCAGAAACGGCACAUCUUGUGAACCCCAGCGAUCUCAGCAGACUGAGUGGACGUCUACGAUCUGAACAACCCAACAGUAGCCUCUACACUUAUGAGGCUACAAUGACAAUGCAUGCCGGUGGAGGCGAAAAGGAGCUCCCAUUGACACCAGAACAACUACUUCUUCGUGGUGCUACCCUCCGUAACACACCCUGGAUUCAUGGAAUUGUCGUGUUUACCGGUCACGAGACAAAGCUGCUGCGGAAUGCAACUGCCACCCCUAUCAAGAGAACCGCUGUCGAGCAUACUGUCAAUUUGCAGAUUUUGAUCCUUGUCGCAAUUCUCAUCACUUUGAGUGUCAUUACAUCCGUCGGUGAUUUGAUUACUCGCAAAACAUUGGGCGAUAAGCUGUCAUAUCUAUACUACGGUAACUAUAAUGUCGUCAAGCAGUUCUUCCUGGACAUUGCAACAAACUGGGUCCUCUUUUCGAAUUUAGUUCCGAUUUCGCUUUUCGUCACCAUUGAAAUCGUCAAGUACUUCCAGGCUCUUCUUAUUAAUUCGGACUUGGAUAUUUACUACGACAAAACCGAUACUCCAGCAACAUGUCGAACGUCAUCGUUGGUUGAAGAGCUUGGCCAGAUUGAAUAUAUUUUCUCGGACAAAACAGGAACUUUGACCUGCAACAUGAUGGAAUUCAAGCAGUGCUCGAUCGGUGGAAUCCAGUACGGUGGCGAUGUCCCAGAAGACAGGAAAGCGGCCCCAGGUAACGAAAUUGGGAUUCACGAUUUCAAACAGCUGCAUGAGAAUCUCAAGUCGCACCCAACGGCAGAGAUUAUUCAUCAAUUCCUGGCCUUGCUAGCAAUCUGCCACACUGUAAUCCCGGAAAAGAGAGACGACAGACCUGGUGAAAUCAAGUACCAGGCUGCCUCUCCCGAUGAGGGUGCAUUGGUCGAAGGUGCUGUUAUGCUUGGAUAUCGGUUCACGAAUCGUAAGCCACGGACCGUACAGAUCACUAUAGAUGGUCAAGAGUACGAGUACGAACUGUUGGCGGUGUGCGAAUUCAACUCAACGAGGAAGAGAAUGUCUACCAUUUAUCGAUGCCCAGACGGCAAAGUGAGAGUGUUCUGCAAGGGUGCCGAUACCGUCAUCUUGGAACGUCUUCACCCAGAUAAUCCCAUUGUUGACGCAACACUGCAGCAUCUGGAAGAGUACGCCACUGAGGGUCUACGAACACUGUGUCUGGCAAUGCGCGAGGUUCCAGAAGACGAGAUUCAGCAAUGGCUUCAGAUUUACGAGAAGGCUGCAACCACUAUCAGUGGUAAUCGCCAGGACGAGCUGGACAAGGCAUCAGAACUCAUUGAAAAGGACUUUUACCUUCUUGGCGCCACGGCUAUUGAGGACAGACUUCAAGACGGCGUUCCCGACACGAUCCACACUCUCCAGCAAGCUGGUAUCAAAGUCUGGGUCUUGACGGGUGAUAGACAGGAAACCGCAAUCAACAUCGGCAUGUCCUGCAAAUUGAUCUCGGAAGAUAUGUCCCUUUUGAUUGUUAACGAGGAAAACUCUGCUGCAACGAAUGAGAAUUUGACGAAGAAACUGUCCGCAGCUCAGAGUCAAAUCAGUUCUGGGGGCGAAAUGGAGCCUCUUGCGUUGAUUAUUGAUGGUAAAUCGUUGACCUUUGCUCUUGAAAAGGAUAUGGAAAAACUCUUUUUGGAUUUGGCUGUUCUUUGUAAGGCAGUUAUUUGCUGUCGAGUCUCGCCUCUUCAGAAAGCUCUCGUCGUCAAGCUUGUCAAGCGUCAUAAGAAGGCGCUUCUUUUAGCCAUUGGUGACGGCGCUAACGAUGUUUCCAUGAUUCAAGCCGCUCAUGUGGGUGUUGGUAUUAGUGGUCUUGAAGGUCUUCAGGCUGCUCGUGCCGCCGAUAUCUCGAUUGCCCAAUUUCGAUUCUUGCGUAAACUUCUUCUUGUUCAUGGUUCAUGGUCAUAUCACCGUAUUAGUCAAGUCAUCUUGUUCUCUUUCUACAAGAACAUUGCCUUGAACAUGACUCAAUUCUGGUAUUCCUUCCAAAACGCCUUUUCUGGCGAGGUUAUCUAUGAAUCGUGGACGUUGACCUUCUUCAACGUCAUCUUUACCGUUCUCCCGCCAUUCGCGCUUGGUAUCGUGGAUCAAUUUGUGUCUGCCAGACUAUUGGACCGAUAUCCCCAACUCUAUCAGCUGGGCCAGAAAGGUGUAUUCUUUAGAAUUCGAAACUUCUGGUCUUGGAUUGCCAAUGGCUUUUACCACUCAUUGAUUACGUACAUCGUCGGCGAGUGUAUCUUCUACGGCGACCUCAAAGAGAAGAAUGGUAUGGUCACCGGUCACUGGGUCUGGGGCACAGCCAUGUACACAGCCGUGCUUGUGACGGUGCUCGGAAAAGCAUCUCUAAUCACCAACACAUGGACCAAAUACCAUUUGAUUGCGAUCCCAGGAUCUUUGCUACUGUGGCUUGUAUUCCUGCCUGCCUACGGUUUCGCAGCACCGGCCAUUGGCUUCUCCACAGAAUACCACGGCAUCAUUCCUGUUGUCUUCUCGAUCCCACAAUUCUACCUCAUGGCCGUUUUAUUGCCUGUCAUGUGCCUCAGCCGCGACUUCGUAUGGAAAUAUGUCAAACGAAUGUACAGGCCACAAACAUACCACCACGUGCAAGAAAUACAAAAAUACAACGUGCAAGACUACCGACCUCGCAUGGAACAAUUCCAAAAGGCCAUCCGCAAAGUCCGCCAGGUACAACGCAUGCGCAAACAGCGUGGUUAUGCGUUUAGUCAGGCCGAUGAAGGUGGCCAGCAAAUGAGGAUUGUCAAUGCCUAUGAUACGACCAAGAGUCGUGGUCGGUAUGGUGAGAUGGGCAGUUCACGGCCAUUGCAAUGA